ACUUCCCACUGUGACAUCAACACCACCUGGCUUUUCAUUACUUUGGACACCAACGCAAACUUCCCACUGUCACAUGAAUGCCCCCUGGCUCCUCGUUACUUUGUAAACCAACUCAGCGUUGACUUCCUUGUGUUUGCAGACCACGUGACAGUUUCACCGAACCGGUGUGAAGACCCAGCGGGAGGUACGGAGAUGACGCAGGUGACCACCGAACCGUUCGGGGACGUCGACGAGGGUUCCGUGGAGAAGUGGGUCCUGCGGUCCUCCCUCGUCACGGUGGAAGUCCUCACCCUCGGUUGCAUCAUCAGAUCGAUCCGUUGCUCGGACAGGAAGGGAAGGGUGGAUGACGUGGUCCAGGGGUACGACCACCUGGAAGGCUACGCCUCCGACCGGCGGUACUUCGGCGCGCUGGUGGGCCGUGUGGCCAACAGGAUCGCCGGGGGUCGAUUUGUGGUGGACGGGGUGGAGUAUCGGCUGGCCGUCAACAACGGGCCCAACGCCCUGCACGGCGGGCUCAGGGGCUUCAACAAGGCCGUCUGGCGGGCAGAGAGGGUUGAAGACGGCGUGUGUUUGAGGCACACCAGUCCAGACGGAGAUCAGGGCUACCCAGGAGAAGCGCAGGUCGCUGUCACCUACACCCUGAAGGGAGGAUCGCUGAGGAGCCGGUACCAGGCCAGCACCUCCAGAACCAGCCCCAUCAACCUCACCAACCACUCCUACUUCAACCUGGCGGGCCAGGCCGUAGAAAACGUCUAUGACCACGAGGUGUCCAUCCAGGCCCAGUCCUACCUGCCUGUGGACGGGACCUCCAUUCCUACAGGUGAGGUGAGAGCUGUGGAGGGCUCACCCUUUGACCUCCGGAAACCAGAUCUGAUUGGCUCUCUGCUCAAGCCCCUCCCAGGCCCAGGGUUCGAUCACAACUUCUGUUUAGCCUCUCCAGGGGACCCAUGGGCCCUCAGACCCGCUGCCAGGGUGUGUCAUCCAGAGAGUGGGCGCGUCCUGGAGGUUUCCACCAGCCAACCAGGUGUCCAGUUCUACACGGCCAACUUCCUGGAUGGCUCUGUGGUGGGGAAGGGAGGUUCCCGCUACGCCAAACACAGCUCCUUCUGCCUGGAGACGCAGAGCUGGCCUGACGCCAUCAACAAGCCCUCCUUCCCCUCAUGUCUGCUGCGUCCCGGGGAGGAGUAUCUCCACGAGACCACCUUCAGCUUCUCCACCGUCUGAACCAGACGACCUCCGACCUUUGACCUGACUCCUGACCUCGACCUGGGCGACCUCCAGAGUCUCCAUCAGUGACCUGGAGACAUCUUGGUUUUCUCCUCAGUACUAAAUCAUCAUGAUGAACAAGAUUUUCAAGUUGACCGGCAUUAUGACAGUCUAUACGUAUAUAUCUGAAGUUGAUUAGCAUCGUCUCAACAUUCAUGUCUAAUUUUAUAUACAUUUUACAUUAUUGAGAAAAUAUUAAAUUAUAUGCAUAUGUAAUGUAAUUAUUUAUAUUUUCUCCAGGGGCUGCUGCACCCCCUAUCUCCCUCUACAUUUGGCGAGCCAGCCAUUAGUGUUCUAACUCAGCCUACCGAUAACACGACAGAGAGCAGGGACCUCUGUAAAGGGUUAGAGAUAUGGCAGAGUCGAUGGGACAGAGGUCAAAUGGGAAGGACUCUAUGUAGUGUGAAUAUGGUAAGAGUAGGCAGGAGGGAAUGAGUCGAUUUGUAUCUUAAUUCCUGGUAGGGAUAAUUGUAAGUAUACAGUGUAAUGUAUAAUAAAAUGGAGAACAUGUU